AGAUUAGGAUUUCAACCUGUAGAUUUUGAGGGGACACAAGCAUCUAGUCUACAGCAGGCCGCCUGCCUUGUUAACCUCUUUGCAGGUACCACCUGUUCACACCCUGCUCGCUGCCCUUUGCUUGUCUUUACGGCUCAGCACGCGUCACCUCGUUCAUGCCUUCUCUGAUACCACCCCCCUGCAUUCCCACCGACUGCACCUUGUUUACUUCCUUCGAGGCCCUUCAUCCAGUUUGCUGCACAUUUGCUGAGUUGCUUAUUGAAUGUCUCUUUCACUCUUCUGAGCUCUCCGAAGGAAGGGACUGAAUCUAUUUCCUUCACCGAGAAACUUCCUGCGCUUCUGUCGCGAGCCUGACGCUGUGGUGAAACGCCUUUCCCUGUUGUCCACGUCCCAGUGACUCUUGCCAGCGGCCCUAGGAGGUUUCUUUAUCCAAUUUAGCUGAAUUGUUAAAGUCAUGUUUUAACCUUGGUGAGGAUUAUUACUACUGCCCUGGGGCAGUCAUCCCAAGCUGGGGAGUACAAACGACUUCACGUUCGUUAGAAGGGUUCUGAGGUCUGAGAGUGACAAUGGCGGGAAAGUCGUCGCUUUUUAAAGUGAUUCUCCUCGGAGAUGGCGGAGUGGGGAAGAGCUCGCUGAUGAACAGAUACGUGACCAACAAAUUUGACACCCAGCUUUUCCAUACCAUAGGUGUGGAAUUUUUAAAUAAAGAUCUGGAGGUGGAUGGACAUUUUGUUACCAUGCAGAUUUGGGACACGGCCGGCCAGGAGCGGUUCAGAAGCCUGAGGACGCCCUUUUACAGGGGUUCUGACUGUUGCCUGCUCACUUUCAGUGUCGACGAUUCUCAGAGCUUCCAGAACUUGAGUAACUGGAAGAAAGAAUUCAUCUAUUACGCAGACGUGAAAGAGCCCGAAAGCUUUCCCUUUGUGAUCUUGGGUAACAAGAUUGAUGUCAGCGAACGGCAGGUGUCCGCGGAGGAAGCCCAGGCCUGGUGCAAGGACAACGGCGACUAUCCUUACUUUGAAACGAGUGCAAAAGAUGCCACCAACGUCGCGGCGGCCUUCGAGGAGGCAGUUCGAAGAGUGCUCGCCAGCGAGGAUCGGUCGGAUCACCUGAUCCAGACGGACACCGUCAGCCUGCACCGGAAGCCCAAGGCCAGCCCGGCCUGCUGCUGACCGCUCGAGAGGCCGUCCCCCGCGCCUGCGCACAGCAGCAACGGAGAGUCCACUUCUACAAUUAACCGUGUUGCUGCUUCGUUAGUGGGUGGGAGGAGGGGUGCAUCCGCUCUGGAAGAAUCCGUGUCCCCGGUAGUGGCACCUUACAUCUGUAAUCGGUAAUGGUUGUCUAAUAACGUUUAAUUUAAACAUGUAAGUUACAGAGCUAAUAAAUGAGAUGAUCAAGACUUUAAUAAUGAUUAAAACAAAACACUUGAAUAUUCUAGAAGUUACUGGUUUUUUGUUCCCCUGGGAAAAUGGAGAACUACUUUUUAUAUGUGCAUAUUUUUAUGUCAUUAGCCGUCAAUUCCUGGUUGAGGGAAAACUAUUCCCUGAAGCGAUAAUGUUAAAUAUUAAAGAUUAAAAUUGAAUGCA